AUAAAUGGGAUACUUAAUGACAGCAAGGAAACUGCUCUUCAUGUUGCAGUUUCCGCUAAUGCUAUAGGGAUUGCUGAGAAAUUGAUCCAGAGAAUGUCAAAAAGAGACUUGGAAAAACAAGAUAUAUAUGGUUGCACGGCUCUUUCCUUUGCUGCUCGUAGUGGGAAGAAGAUAGCAGAAUUCUUGGUUAAAGAGAACCCGAACUUACCAACCAUCCCCAAUAAGCAAGGAUAUAUCCCCAUUGUAGGGGCAUCUGCUUCUGGCGAUAAGGAUUUGACCAAGUAUCUGUAUUCUGUGACCGAUAAAGAAUUACUAAGCCCAGAUGGUGGUAAAAAUGGGCCUCGUCUCCUCAAUUAUACCAUAAUCGGCAAAAUGUUUGAUAUCUCAUUAGAUUUACUUCGGCAAUAUCCAAGAUUGGCCGUUACCAAAGGCGGCAACCAAGGUACUCCGAUUCUAAUAUUGUCCAAUGAACCGUCUGCAUUCCUUAGUGGAAGUGGUCUUGGAUUUUGGCAAUGUUUAAUUUAUGAUCGUAUAAAGAUAAACGAACACAGUUCCUCUAAUGAUGUCAGUUCCUCUAACGAUGUUCGAAUUCCUGUUACUCGCCAAGACCAGAAUGAAGGGGAAAACAUCAAAAUGCAAACUUUUUGUGGACUUCGUGCAUUGGACUUAAUGCUUCUAAAGUUCGAUCGUAUGCCGCUUCAACUCAACUAAACCUUUAUUUUCCUUGGCUCUUGUAUAAUUUUUAAUUAAUCUUUUUUCACUUAUGUUGUUGAUUCUUGAUAUAGGAAUCAAGCAAAUUUAUGAUU